CAUUUCGAGGAUCUGGCAACCCUUAGACAUUCGUCAGGCUUGUACAGCGUUUUGCAGUCAGCUGCGUUUUAUUCAUUCAUUCACCUGCUCUACUCACCGCAGCAGUCAGUUAUACGUUUAACUGUAGGGUUUUAUGUAACCGUGCUUAGGGUUUGCGCUUUUUUGGUGUUUUUGCGCAUAGUUUUGAGAGCAAAUCAUCGACUAAAAUGAGCUGCGCCGGAUUCACCUGCUCCAAGAAUUCCCUCUGCGCCCUCAACAUCCUCUAUGUGAUGGUGAGCAUGUUGAUGAUCGGCAUCGCUGCCUGGGGAAAGUGGUUUGGCCUGGUCUCCAGUUUCCAGGUGGUAGGGGGAAUCAUUGGCAUUGGGGUCUUUCUCUUCCUUGUCGCUUUGGCUGGACUUAUUGGUGCCAUAAAGCAUCACCAAGUUCUUCUAUUUUUUUACAUGAUUAUCCUGUUUCUGGUGUUUGUGGUCCAGUUCUCUGUGUCCAGUGCGUGUCUGGCCAUUAACAAACAGCAGCAGAAUGAGCUGUUGGAGGUGGGCUGGAACAACUCACAGACCACACAAAGGGAUGUCGAGAAGAGCCUGAACUGCUGCGGAUUCUCUCACGUGGAAGUCAACAGCACCUGUCCAGCUGCCUGUUUCAUUCAUUCCACAUGUGACACGUGUGCAGCAAAGAUCCUGGAGCAUGUCGGGGAGGUGCUGCGCAUCGUCGGAGGGAUCGGACUUUUCUUUAGCUUCACUGAGAUCCUGGGGGUGUGGCUAACCUACAGAUACAGGAACCAGAAAGAUCCACGAGCCAAUCCAAGCGCCUUCCUGUAAACCCCCAGCCUGGACAUGGCAACUUCCUGUCCUCCAUCCUGCAAACUUGUCUGACUACUGGACUUCUUACUAGAGCUCUGUCCAACAUCAGAAGUGUGUGUUUGCUUUCUCUGAAGCAGAGAUCACUGCUCGUUCUCGCUGCUGCGUGUGUUGAUCAUUUUGAAAGAGUGCAGUGUUCUGAGGUAUAUAAUCAUCAUCAUCAUCAUCAUCUUCAUCGUGUAUAUAUCAUUGAGCUGAAUUUUUGUUGUCUUGAAUGGAGCUACCACGACAUCAAAUGAAAUCGAGGAAACACUUAGUUGUAUAGUUAAGGGCUAAAAGUAACUCUCAUAUUUACCAUCUUAUGAAAAAAUAAACAAGCCUAGAGAGAAAAAAAACUCUGGGCGAAGGGAGAAUAGUAUCGUUAAUCAGAUUCUUGUUACUGAUAUGAAUGCAAUAAAUCGAUCAUCCUCUUUUGUUUGAUUAAUAUGCAUUUUAUUUAUUCAUCUGCAUGACAAGAAAUUUGAAGUUAACUCAUUUGGUGUAAAAAGAACAGUGCACGGUUUUUAUUCAUUAUCCGUAGUACAGAAACACCACAUCCUGUUACAUUAAGUUUAGUACUCUUGGUUUGAUCAACUGUAGCUCGGGAAUCCAUCACAAAACUUACAUCAUACUUGUGUGUGCUAUCAUGUGUGCAUUCUUGUGUGGAUUUGGCUUUGUGCAUGAACACUUCACUAUAUUGUGCAUCCAUAUUCUACGGUUCUGUGAACUAUGCCUUCAUCUUCAUUACACAAAAAAAUAAAUAAAUGUUGGGGGGAAAAAAUCUGAAUAAAGGGCAGAUUUUUUCUUUGUCCUCAUUUCUGUUGUCCGGUUUUUGUUUCGGUUAAUUACUGGGUUUAAAGAAAGCAAACAGUUUCCGUUUUCUUUCCUGUUCUCAGGAUUUUUUUUUUUUUUAGACUAAUUGUUUCCUUCAUUCCUAAAACCAGUUUUGAUUGGUCAGUUUGUAAAAGACAAAACAACAACAACAACCAGGAAUCACUGACCUGCUUUUGUAAUUGGGUAUCUAGGCAACCGAGUUUCCCGUAAAAUACUUCACCGGUUUUGCCCUUCACCCCUCCUUACAGGAUAUGAGCUGGUGGGCUUCCUUUAACUCAAGCUUCAGGCAAACUGGUCAAGCGUGCCAGAGUUCCUGGAGCUAUGCAUUAUUCACUACACUUCUAUUCUCUUAAACAGGCAUUUUUAAUUUAAUACAAUUCUAUCCUUCAAUUAUAUACGUUACUUAGGUGCCGAUUUAAUCAAAAGCACAUUUUUAAAAUGUUCAAAAAUCCUUAUCUUUCAUUUCAGCCUCAUAAUGGGCAUCUGGGUCCUAUUCUAGAAACCCAGAGUAUGAGACUGGAAUAUACCCCAGAUAGGACACCAGGCCAUCACACUCAAUCGCACCUAGUGACCAAUUUAAUAGAACCCAUUCACCUGCAUGCACGUUUUGUUAGACAGUACAAGGAAACUGUAGAUCAUAGGAGAAAAAAAAAAACCUGUGCUCACACAGAGAACACAAAACUCCACACAGACAGUAACCUGAGCUCUGGUUCGAACAGGAGGACCCUGGAACUAUGGGGUGGCAACGAAAAAGCACUUGGUUCUGAAUUAAACGCAGUAAUGUGCUAGAACAUCCAAGCAAAAUGUUAAAAAUCAUGAUCACACUUUUGUUAUUUCAUGCUUAUGUCUUAUAUACGUGUAUUUUAUGUUAAUAGCAGCUUCGAUGAAACCUCUGCUGUACCCAGUGGGACUGAAAACCUAGCUAGGGUGCUAGAAGAAACCUUUUUCUAAGAUUUAAAAAAAUCAGAUAAAAACCAUUCUUUAUUUAUCAAGAAACUAGAAAUAUUAAUAUUUUGUAUAAUAUUAAUACAUCCUAUUUGUAGUCCAUUAAUCUGGGGAAAAUACCUCAGUUUAUGCUAAAUAAUAGCAUCACAAGCAUUAUUAAGCUACCUCACAAAAAUAUUCCUAUCCUUACUUUCCUAAAUCUGGGUUGUUGGUUGUUGGCAGAUUGUGAUGUCUUUUUCUACAGCUACAUCUAUAUCGUUCUGUCAACUGGAGGAUCAGAUGUUUCGAAUGUAAAAUCAGUCCCAUUGAAAUCUUUUUAGACUGUAUUGUAGCUGAACUGGGAGGGAAAAAAAACGAAUCAUAUUUCUUUAUUUAUACUUGUUUAAAAUUCCAUGACUUUAAUUCUUGUCUUCAGGUUUUAUGGAAUGUAGAUUUUUUAGAAAAAUGAAUGUAACUAAUUAUGUUAUAUUUAAUCUAGUUGUUUCUUUUUUUGUUGUCUUACCUAUCUGUAAGAUCUGAGAUACCAGACACAUGCAUGGUAAAUAUUUUGAUAGGUUUUUACAGGAGAGGAAAAACCCAGAAGAGCUAAUAAGAAGUUGAUAAAACCUAAUCCUACCUGCUUAAACACUCUAGUGAGGGCAAUUAUUUACUAGCAGGGAGUCCAGAAAUGUGGGAGUGAUGCUCAUUUCAUUACUAAUGAAGACACAAGAACAGAGCUGAACAGAUUUUAUCUUUAUUUAUCCAAAACAUGUGCAUCCCUGAUGCAGUAGAUGAAAAUUCGAUCUGUAAGGCUGACAGUAACAGAAUCUCAAAACAAAAUACAUCCAAAAAAUGACUUCAAAGAUUUCCAGUGCGCUUUUUUUUUUUUUCUUUUUCUUUUUUUUACAGUAUUAUAA